GUACUGUCGGUCUUUGGUUGGUAUUUUUUAAAUACUACAGCUCACAGUCUACCGGUGAUACGAGAGUUUCAUUAUUACGAGAAGCAAAGGGAAAUAUUUCUCGAGCGGAAUUGAUAAGUAGUCGGAUGACAAGAUAUCCAGGGGAGAAUGGAAUCCCACGAAUGCUUGGGAAAAUGUUUGGGAAAAGCAACUCUCUUUUUUUUUCUUUUUCUUUUUUCUUUAUCUUCAUAUGGACCUGGGUUUACUGGUUUGUGUGACCACCAGACAUUUUCUUUGACUCCACGGCACGAAAGGUCAAAUCUGACCUUUCAUUCUUCUCUUUUCAGCAUUCGACGUGCCCGUUCCAUCCGAGAUCCUAUCCUCAUCUCCCCCCAUCUCCCUAACAAAAGAAGAAAGAUUUCCGGUCCCAAGUAAAUAGUUUGUCUUGUACAGACCGUAUGAGAAGUCAAAGUUAUUUCCACAUGCUGUAGUCAAGUCAUGUGACGUGUAUUGUGUUGCAAACCGCCACGCUCUGAUUUCAGAAAAUGCGGCAAAUUGAAAUUAUUUUGAAUAUCUAGUUUAUUUCCGACUCGAAUUUCCCCCGUUUAAAUAUUUUUUUUCUGUUCCAAUUGGUGUCUUGAGUGUAAUCCUCAGUAAUGCUCAUGGAAUCGGCAAACGAUGAAUUACACGCAAUGUGCGGUAGGCCUGUAUAUGAUGGUGAUUAUCGGUCGAGGCUGUUUCAUUAUUCCUUUUUCCCAUAGCCUAUAGGUUUCGCAUUCCUAAAUGACCGCGACUACCCCUGCAGUUAUAGAAAUAAAUUUUUUCUACUUUGAAUGGAUGAAAGACAUGUAGGGGGAGAAGACUAGGAAGGCAGCUGAUAGCGGCAUUUUCCAAUCUUAAAGUUUUCUUUUCCUUUGAAUUGGAUUUCUUCAACAUUUUUUCAGUUCCAAUUAUUCUCCACCGUCCCCGCUUGAUAGAAUUUUCUACAUCAAUCCGAGUCGUCAACCCCUAUAAUAUUUAAAACCUUUUGGGGGCAAAGUAAAAAUUGCUUCGGAAUCGGAAAUAGGAAAACGUGUGGAAAGGCAAAUCUUAAGAAUGUUUGCGCGAUGUUUUCUUUAUUUCUUGAAUUCGUAAUCGGCAUAUAACGAAAGGAAAGAAUGAAAGAAAUAGCGCAUGUGCAUGGGAGGAGACACGCGAGAGAAGAGGAGAUGCCCCUCGGAUUUGCCUCUUUCAUUUACAUGUUGAUACUCGCUAUUCCAGGUGCCUUAGGAGGGGCUUAUAGGGACGACGAGGCAGAGCACCGACACAUCGUUCGUUGCCAGAGGUAUUUCACUUUGAGAAGCACAGAGUCAGAGUGGGAGGUGCUAGAUGGUCGUUUAUUGGCUCCAACAACGGAGCAGGAAACCUGACCAGGUGAUGGCUUACCUGCUGUAUAUACUUUGGGCCUGUCUGUUGUUCAAGUCAGAACGAGUCUCAAAGUCAGUCGGAGUGGAUGUCCUACACUGAUGGGCAUAUCUCGCUAAUACUCAACAAUUGAUUGUACUGAUUCUCGUGGUGUACUUGUUGAUUUGUUUCUAUUAGUUGACGUUUGGCUGUUUCCUGGCGCAAAAGUGACAGAAGAAAAAAGUCAGUUCAAAAGUGCACUUCCCUGAGUGACAAGCAACAUUAGCAAUUACAGUUUCAAUGACAAUCGAUUCUGCAAUAGGUUUGUGUUUGUGAUUAUGUGCACCACCUACCAAAGAUUCGACAAUUGAUGUGUUAUUUGAAGCGAUGCUCUCACAUCAUUGUUUGACUACCAGCUGGCGAAUGCGUGGGACGUGCUCAUUUUAUGAAAUGGAAUGCCCUCGUCCUUCACUGUCCGUUCAUUGCGUGUCGCACGGCCCCAUGACUGCGGGUACGGCGGAAAAUGGUGACGCAUUUGGCGGCCAAUCGUACCGACACGUAGCCGGCAAUCGUCGGACCUCCAAGUGGCUUUGUUUUCUUACCACAUGUCUGGCAUUUGCACUGGGUGUUGGAGUUGGUGUCGCUCUGCUGCCUGUCCUCUACGGCUCAUCUCCUUUCGUCAACGAAAUCAACAACAACAGCACAGCUGUGAUGACUCCGUGGUCCAUCGUUCAAGACUCAUCUCCUACCAUCGCUGAUGGGCCCCUCAACUUGACCAGCAAGGGAAACACGUCAAGUAUUCCCGUCCGCAUGUCACCCUUGAAGAUGAAAACUCAUUUGAGUAAAAAGGAAAAAGAAAGGCAGUCGACUCGUCGUAAAACGCUUGACUUAAAGUCCAAUCUGACGGAUGUGAACUCAACAACCGAAGAAGAAGAUGCAGCAGCAGCAGCAACGGUCGAUGUCGUCAGUUUCGUUCAACCGCAAACGGCCUGGACUUCUCUACCUGCCGCCAAUGAAGACGGACGCAGUCUGACGACGACUGUUUUGGGGGAAGCUGUCAAAGGUAUCUUCUGGUCACAAGAAGUGGAGGACAGUCUCCCAACAGGUUUCGACGAACUAAACGCAAAAGAGUGGCGCGACUUUAGCCACCAGAGUUCAGUUCAACGUGUCGAGGAGGGAUGCGGCCGAAUGCAAAAUCGACUCGUGACAUUUGAAAAUGGCAGACAGUCGUGUUGCCGCUACCGCCAAAACUACGACCAGAUCCAGGGCGAAAUCUUCAGCUUCUACCUGAGCCGCUUACUCGGCUUACGCAAUUUGCCACCGUCGUCUGUGGGUCUGGUCCGACCACGAGAGCGCCAAUGGAUGAACGUCCAAUCGUCUCUCAGCCAAGCGCAGUGGACGGAAAACCGACCAGUUGUCCACACGCAGUUUUUGAAUGAUUUGGAGCCGGCCUACAUUCCUGUUCAGUUUCGAGGGCGCGAUCGGCAUCUGAAUCCGUUGGACGUGCAGCACCACAGGCUACAAGAGAAGGUCGACCGCAGCGAGUUGAUAACGUUGGCCCAGUGGUCUGAUCUUUUGAUCUUUGACUACCUGACAGCCAAUCUGGAUAGGAUGGUCAACAAUCUGUACAACAUGCAGUGGAAUCCGGCCAUGAUGGAUUCGCCCGCUCACAAUCUGGCACGCGAUUCCCGAACGGGUUUACUCGUCUUUUUAGACAACGAAAGUGGCCUGUUGCACGGCUACCGCCUGCUGGACAAGUACGACAUCUACCACAAGAGCCUCCUCGAGUCGCUCUGCGUUUUCAGACGAACGACAGUCGAGUCGCUGCGGCAGUUGCAAUCGCAGAAAAAUGUCGGACAUUUACUGCGUGACAUGUUGAAAACUCGCGAUCAAUCAGUUGUGGACUUUUUACCUUUCCUUCCGGAGAAGAGCAUCAAGACCCUCAACUAUCGAAUUGAGCAAGUGCUGGACCAAGUGGCCAAGUGCCAAUCUCUUUAUGGCUCCUAAAACUCUGCCCUUGGUGUACGUGAUAACAACUCAUAUCGAAUUUUCCAAUACCGCGUAUUCUACAACCAAAAAAGGACGACAUCCAACAUGAAACGGUGAUGGAUAAACUAUUCGCAUGCCUGAGCUGAAACUGAAAACAGACAUGAAACCAACUAUAGCAGAGCCAUUCUUACAGGAAACAGUUCCGUUUCAUUGCUUUAGAAUUCCGUUUCUAAUUACCACCUCCUCUUUCACUGGAUUUUGAAAGAUCUGCCAGCCAACAAGUACACGUGGAUCGGACAGAAGAAAUAAGAAUUCUGACCUGUUUAUUGUGAAAACGGCAAAUCCGUUUCAGUUAAGAAAGAGUCAUAAAUCAUCACUGGAAACAGGCAAUUGAUUGGGACUAUAUGGGAUCAAAACAACAAAAUAAAAGGUCAGCGGAAGAAAUAAGGAUCCCAUCUACAAAAAGAAGGAUGGAGAACGAGAUGGAACGGUACCUACCCCAAGGAUCAAGCGACUACCGUUUAAGAUUGGGAAGCCAAAAAAUUUUAAUAGGGUUCGCGCAGGCUCUAUUUCAGCUUAAAAAGUAAAUGGCAUUUAUGAUGUCUCCCUUGGGCCAUUCUCUACGAAAUGGGAUUGAAAUGUCCAGUUUCUGUCCCUCCGCCCUCGCUAAAAAGCAAUUUUCUUUCAUCUCCUCGGAUUGGCAAAUUAAAUCAUACGCGACGAUGGAAGGAGUGCAGCGGCUGAUAACUGGUGGCUUUUUGUGCUUCAUGCAAACCUUAUCCGGGUACAAAGUUGCGGAUUCCUAUCGGCGAUUAUAUUCAACACUACAUCACCGUCAACACUUGAAAUCCUUAGCUAAUAAAUUUGGCCCCAAAAAUUGUUUAUGUUUUUCUGUCUGGAUCCUCCUUGUUCAAGAUGAUAUUUAACCAUUGACGGUUGAGUGCCGCUUUAAUGCCCUAAGGUCCUUGAAUAACCUGUGCUUGAAAGAAAUGUUCCAAGAAUUCGAUUUCGAAGCUUGUAUGCUGAUUACGUUGCGACUAAUAGUGGAAGGACAACUUUGUGAUACUAGUCAGGCAUUAAAAGAUCUAAUUGGCUCUUUUGUCCAAUACUACCUUGAAAAAUCUGAAAAUGUACUUUUAUCCUCUGCUAUUUCAACAAUGUCAACUAGCGUUCAUCAAGCGCUUCCUGAUCUAAAUUUCAGUUGUUUUCUUUCAGCUUUCAAAAAUUCUUUUUGCCGAUUUCUGCUGUAUUAUGCCAAUUGUAAAAUGUGUAAAUCGACCAAUAUUCAUAAAGUUUGUUGUAUAAUGUACAAUAUUUAUGUACGUGAAUGUGUGAUACGUUAAAUCUAAAAUAAAAAUUAUUCUGCAAGGUUUUUCUUGUUAUAUCUUUCUACACAGUUUAAACUUGUAACUGGUUACUGUUUGUUACGAAAUUGGGUUCUUAUAACAAAGCCGUUCAUUAGCAAUCAAUUAAAAUAAUAAUUGUGAUUUAUUUCUUAUGAAAUCAUUAAAUAAAAAAGGAUUGGAUGCGACGUAUGAUAGGCCUAUAUGAUAAGACGUACAUCAAAUCCGAUUUAUUUGUGUCCAUAAACUUUAAGAUUUAGAGCAGUCUCAGUCUGGAUGAGACAAAUUCCUGUAGCAGCACGAAUAAAUAAUGCGGUUCGCUGAGGCUGACUACAUCAUAAAGUGGGCUAGACGGCCAGUAAACAACAUUGGUAACAGUUGACUGCGUUGGCAAAUAGAGAUGACACCCAAAUCGAAGCUGUUGAGAAAAUUCUAUGCUUCGAUUUUUGUUUUCGUUGAAGAACCGAAAUCGAGCUGCUUUUGUAAUUUUGAAUAUUAUCGAUCGGCUUUAUCAAAACAAAAUUUAGUAUAGAAAACAAGGCAAUAAAAAUAACAUGGUUUUGUACUAAAAUAACUUGCUAAGCAAACAUCAGCUUUUUGUCAGUAACCUUUCCAGAUUUGAUGAAUUUCAUGUUUCCCAUAGCAGGGGGCGAGAACAGCAUCAAAAGCCACUCGGUUUUCCCACGAUUUUUCUCCCUACUUCAAAAUUCCUUUACUGCUGUUCCAAUGCUCUUCUCAGCAGGGUGUAAUUCAUAGUUCUUUUCGUUUGUUAAACCCAGUUCUAAAUAACCUACCUUCGGAUUACUUGCGUCCAUCUCCGACAUCGUAUUUUUAGUGCUGGCACACGUCGAUUAAAAGCCUCCACGCGAUUAUACGAGAACUACAACUAGACAGAUCAUAAUAAUAAUAAUAGAAAAAAAAACAUACGAUGAUCAUGCUUUCAAAUUUGAUCAUUGGUUUGACAUUAUCGGAAUUUUUCGAUUACCCAUACUUCUAAGGGGUAGGUCUGCUUGGGUAAACUUUAGAGCGGGAGUUCUUCAACGACCCAUACUUGUAAACAAGAGAAACAAAAAAAAAAAAACUUUUACCUUAUUUCAAAUCCAAAAAGGUAUAAGCGAUUUUUUAAAGCUAUCGCUAUCCUUCCUUCGAAGUACGUUGUUCCAUCUGCAUCAAGUCUGUUAUAUAA